AUGAUAGUAUAUUAGACUUAGCUUCUGGUUUAUCUCAUUGCAAUAAACUGUUAACUUUGAAAAUUGACCUAAGAUGGAAUUUUUUAAAAGAUCAAGCCUUAUCAGAUUUGGGUUCUAGUUUGGCUUGUUGCUCUAAUCUUUCAAAUUUGACCCUCUAUCUCUA